AUAAAUCAUUUUGCGACAGUCGUAUUUUGUCAUAAGGUAAACAAGAUGGCGUCUGGUAGCGGUUCCAACAACAAUAGUAAGAAUGACUUCCGCCGGAAGUGGGACAAAGAUGAGUACGAACAGAUGGCCCAGAGGCGGCUUGACGAAGAGCGAGAUAAGAAAGAUGGGAAACUGGUGCCCCCAGUCAAGCGGGAACUCCUGCGCCACCGAGACUACAAGGUGGACCUGGAGUCCAAGCUGGGGAAGACCAUCGUCAUCACCAAGACCACGCCACAGGCGGAGAUGGGAGGGUACUACUGUAAUGUGUGUGACUGCGUGGUGAAGGACUCCAUCAACUUCCUCGACCACAUCAACGGAAAGAAGCACCAGAGGAACCUGGGCAUGUCCAUGCGGGUGGAGCGCUCCUCCCUGGACCAGGUGAAGAAGCGCUUUGAGGCCAACAAGAAGAAGAUGGAGGAGAAGCAGAAGGAGUACGACUUUGAGGAGCGCAUGAAGGAGCUUCGAGAGGAGGAGGAGAAAGCCAAGGCCUACAAGAAGGAGAAGAUGAGGGAGAGGAAGAGGAGGGCCGAUGACGACGUGGACUUUGAGGAGGACGACGAGAUGGCGGCUGUCAUGGGCUUCUCCGGGUUCGGUGCCGCUAAGAAGGCGCACUGAUUCAGCCCCCCUAAAGACUUCCCCACUGGGUUCCCCAAUGGGACCAGUGGCUUCGCGUCUUUUGGUUUCUGUCUACCGCUCACUGUGGCUGGUGUGGGCCCCCAUGUUCUGCAGCCAGUGUUUUAUCUGUAUGUGAAGCAUGAUUACCGGUUGCUUUCCAAAAUGUCUGGUAGGUUCUUGUAUGUGGAUGGCUGUGAGGAACGUUUAUUAGCGAAGUACCAAAUGUCCAGGUUUAUUCGAACAUGAUCGAGUUGUUUUUUGUUUUGUUCUUAUGGAUAGGAUCAGCUAUCUUGUGCGGUCCAAGGUCGGUGUGUAAAUUAAUUUGAUGGCGAGGCUCUUGUCUGACGCUGGCUCAAUGCCCACAUCAGUUUCAUCAUGACAGAUGUUGACCUUUGACCUCGUAGAGACCCCUUCGCCCUUUUUGUAGUUAAUUUGUCCAUCGCACGUCCACUCAUCACUCAUUGUAGUGACUUCUAUGUACACCGAUCUGCAUUUAAACUCGAGGGGCUGAUGUCAAAGCGUCCCUCUCAGCUUGUUCGCCUGCAGGCUGUCUGAGGGGGCGGGGCCUGUGCUGCCGCCCUUGCACGCGCUCUAUGGACCUCUCGCUUCUCAUCCAAUGGCAGCAGAGGCUGGUCUCCUCCCUCCUCCUCCUCAGUGUAGAACAACAAGCACCUUCGCGUCACUCAAGUGCUGAGUUGGCUGAACAGAGGGAAAACUUGUUUCAAAGUUUGACGUUUUUUGGGGGUCGGUCAAAUGGAAAAGUCAUUUAUUGGAGCUGAAAUGAAAUCUGCUUAACUGAACAUUUGAUCUGCUUAGUAAUGAAACCUUUUAUUUGUUGUAUUUCCUUUUGUCAUUUGAGUUUAAAUAGUGAAGUGGUGCCCCUAUGAGUGCUAAUGGACUUCUUUAUAACUUUUUAUAAAUAAAUCUCAUGUUCCCAGGUCAAA